AUGCAUUUGGCUCAGGCUCUCACCUCCAACCCAUUCGGCACUGCCACAAAGAAGUGGGUGCAGGAUUAUAUGUAUCCACCCCACCCAGUCGGUGAUAAAGCUCCGGACGGUACUAAAGUCCCAGCCGGCAUGGUGGUGCCUCAGCAGCGCUCGCAGGACGCUUCAGUGCACACCUAUCUAUGCGGCAGCGGACUCUUUGAGGUGUUCGGAACAUAUGACUACGAGAACAACAAAGUCAUCAAGACUUCCAUUCACUUUCAUGUACCCUUCUUCGGUCGUCUGCUGAUCGUCGAUAGCUUCACUCGGGUGCUCAUGAACAAGCUAGAGUUCAGUGUACCUGCCGACUGCGCUCCGAUCACCGGAAAGGUCUACAUCUUACCGCAAGGACAAGUUCCGGAUCACCCUAACUCGAUCGGCUUGGGUUUCGACCUGACUACGCCAGGAUACGAUAACCUGCACCACCCUGGCUUGCCUUUGUUUCCAGCUGACCCUCAGGUUCUGAGCACCAAAGCAUGGUACAAGGAUGUUCCUCUGAUGGAGAAUCAUGUCGUCAGCGCGCUUCGGGCCGUUCCAGAGACACCUGUCAAGCAUACAGUAAGCAACGAACACAUAGUACUGGCUGUUGAUCACACCCAAAACGACGAGCAGUCAUCUUUGCUGUCGGGUUUCUUCUCUGCCUUUGCGGUAGCCGAUAAACAGAACAAGAACCGCAGGAUCUACAUCCCAGCCACUCCUGGAUAUGCGCGGUCGGGUAGCGAAUCUGAAGUGUUUGCAUCUAAGCAACAGACGGUUCGGAUUCGCUUCAUGAACCUGUUCCAGCUCAAUGGCACGAUCAAUACCGAGACUCUGUAUAUCAACGCUAUCCUAUCGGUGUUUAUCCCAGCCGUGCGUAGCACUCAUACAUGCCAGAUUCGCGGCAACUUGGGAGACGUGGCCGGCGUAGUCGCCUUUCUUGACGAGCCGUUGAUCAACGGGCUGGUCAACUUGGACUGCGAUCCAGCAAGUGCGGAUAAGACGGUGUUUGUGACACUCAAGCUAUCUGUGUCACUGAUUGGGCGGAUCAAGGAAGAUAACUAUCCGCUAUUGGUGCUUGGGAAGCAGUGA